GGCAUGCUCCGCGCUUCAGUAGGAUACUAGAAAUAGUAGCGUAGCUGGUAAAAAUGCAUUAAGUAGUGCAGUUGGCAAAGUGCGUACGAAGUGCCGGAACAUGAGGCGUCUGAUGGUGUAACUGUACCGAGUCGACAACGGGUGAAAAUGGACUCGAAAAUGAGAUAAUCCGUGAAAUGUGCGGGUGCGGGCCGUUUCGCCGUUUCCGGUAGUGCGACGAUUUUGAUGAAAAGUAACGGGAAAUUAAGUUGCCUUAUCCUUCAGUCUGCACUUUUCCUAAAAGAGAAUGCUACCAAAUCGAGAUGGUAAUUACUAGUCCUAAUGAAGCGUUUUUCCUGUACCCCAUUGGAUGCGGAAUAUUAAUCAAAUGACAAAGGUUUAGACAUCGCUAAAGUUCUUGAAUGUAGUAGAUGGACUGCCUGAAGUGACACGAUGGUGUUCAUGUGGACUUAAGUUUCAGAACCAAUGCCAAAGUACUUGCUUUAAAAAAUGGAACUUUCAUGUACAUAAAAAAUUUAGGGACCAUGUGAUGUGCUAGUAAAUUUGCCAUAAAUAAAUCUUUAAGACUGGAAUGUGAUAUGUUGAAUGGUGGUGAUAGUGUUCGUGAAAGACCCCAGUGGUCAACAUUUGCCGAAUAUCCCGAAGAAGAGAGUUACCUACAGUUCCAGGAUCUUUAUUAAACCUAGUUUAUUUUGUCCCCAGGUGGAACCGGGAGAGACUAUUGCCACAACCAAAGAAGAGGAAUGGGUCAGCAAAAAGAAAACCGAAGUAACAAAUACCAAACAAAUUGAAACACGAGUUAAGAGACAAGUAAUACUUGAAGAUGGAAAAAUUGUUGAGGAUACAGGGCCUAUGGUCACCACCAACACUACUGAAGAUUCAGAAACACAGGAACACCAUCAAACAGAGUUACGAAAACUUGGGGAUGACGAAACGGACGGUCCACUCGCGGUGGAAGGGGGCGACAGCAACGCCGUCGUCGAAAAGUCGAAUUGGGUGGCGGUGGCAAACCCAGAUGGAAUCGUGCGUGAGGUUAAGGAACGCAAGGUUAUUUCCAGAGAGGAGACAGAAGAAGUUAAAGAGACGGAAGACGUGCAGCACCUGGGUGACAUCACCGACGAGGAGUUCCUAGCUGCAGUCCAAACUGGCUCUUCAGACUUACGCAAGGUGCUGCGGUCUAGCGAGACGGGCCGCACGUUAGUCUCUACGGGUCCGAGGGUAGUUCACGAAUCGCAGAAAAGUAAUAAAGUAACCGACACCGAGGAGACUAGAGAACUCAGUUCGGUACUCCCGGAUGGAAAAAUUGUCACCGAAACUCAACGCACCACCGAACACGAGGAGGUCAGGGACGACGAGCUGCCGGAGGGUUCUCCCGAUCAGGACCUUCAGAAGGAAAGUUCGGAAAGGUAUCUGAAAACCAGAGACCAAGAAGAUGUCGAUUACGUAGCUGACGGUGUAAAUAUAGGACACGAAAUGAGGUUCAAAACGGAAACUAUGGAAGUGGAGCGCCGCGGGGAUGGGGUGGAUGAGCCAGAUUUUUUCGAAUCUCUCUCGACUAGGGCCAAAAGAAGGGUUAACAACAGACAGCAGCCGCACAGAUACAGAGGUCUGGAAAACGGCGGUGUCACUCCCUCGCCUCUAGACAGAAAGGACGCCCUAACGCGACGGCCGUUAGACUUCGAUCAGGAAGAGGAGACGAGGAAAGUGGAGACCUCCAAGUGGCUGGAACACCAUUUCGGCAGCGACUCGCGGUCUUCGAAUAACUCCACGAUCGACGAGGAGGAACAACCUCCGAAAACCAGUUUUUUCAAUGUAACCAUUAAAUCCCAACCAACCAGAACUGAGCCCGUCCCCCCAAAAAGCACUUUUGUGUCUACCAUUAACAAUACCCCUAGGGUGUAUAGUCCUGUUGAGCCGGAGAGAGACCGCAACCACCACAGCGGUGGUUACUAUAAAGGAGUAAGUGAAUGGUCUGAACGAAGGCAGGAACAGCACUAUAUAUCCGAUCGCCAAUCUCCACUGCCAUAUCGUAGUAGCCCCUCGUACGAGAGAGAAUAUCCACGCCGAUCUCCGAUUCCGGAUUAUCGUCCCUCCCAUUCUCCAUCCCCGGACUAUAGACCGCACUACUCUCCAAGUCCAGAUUACACCCGCCCUUCACGCAUAUCUCCUAAGAGGGAGGUGAUCAACAUUACCCCAACGCCUCCACAAAGGAAGAAGACCUUGGAACGACAACGACAAAGGGUCGUCGAAGAAAGAAGUCGAUACGAAAAUGGUUACAGAAGCGGAAGACUGGAUGACAGGGAUCAGAGAAUUGAAAGAAUGGAACGUAUGGAGGAACCCCCUCCAGAUUAUUCACCACCUAGUCCUCCUCCCAUGCCCAUUGAGAAAAAGCAUAUGCAAAAAACGAGAUUUGCCGCUGAUCCGCCACCGAAGGCCAAAAGUGGAAACAUUAUCGGCCAAUCCAUCCGCAAGCUAGUUGGAAAGAUUCGUUCGGCUAGUGCUGAGAGGAAGGCUAGACAGCGCGCCAAGCGAUCUCCCAGCCCAUCUUACCAGCAGGGACACGUGAUAGACAACAACAUCGGCCACAACAUGGACCGCCACCCGCCGGUCCAACGCUACUACCUUGGGGAAGACCCUUUCGCGGGCAGCAUCUACGGGAGGGAGAACAAGUACGAUGGGGUGAAACCGGCUCGGACCUCCAGGAGACCCAGGGAGAUUCAGGAAGAGAGAAGGUAAGGAAAAUCACCUAGAGAAUGUUUUGUUUACAUGGUAUUUAAUUGUUUCCUGCCCAUCCAAGUGUACUGUGUAAACAAAACGGCAUUGUAGAUUUGGGCGUAUUGUGUAGUUAGCCUGUGACCUUGAUUGGCUUAUUCGUAUUACUAUAUUAAGUAGUUGUCAGUGUUAGGUGAGGUCGUGUAAAGAGCGAGGUUGAGAUACAAUUUUUUUUGUGUGUGUACAAAUACGGAGAUGCUAGUUUUUCAGUUCAUGAUUCGGUUUCCAUUUCCUAUAUAGUUUUUUUAUGAGAUUGUUUACCUAGAAUUACGCUCUGUGUCACAUUAGAAAUGAUUCAUCGAUAAAUGUAUCUUUUAAAUAAGUAUUUUGAGCUAAAUAUAGACAGCACUAGUAUUAUUUAUGGACAUAGAGAUCCAUUUUGAUGAAGGAGAAAGAUUAAGGAUAAUUACUGAAAGAUCUUGAGCGAUGUUAGUCUGUUCUUGAACAAAACAUUAUUUUAUAAAGAAGCUAGAGUAGUAAACCUAGACAGUUUUAAAAAGUACAAAUUAGCUCAUAGAGCAACAUGACCCAUUCUCAAAAUUAAAAUUUUGUCAUCAGUGCGAUAUAUGAUAUAUUUUAGUAAAAAACCUAAAACAUGAUUUCAAAUUCAUACCUUAAAGUAUAUCCCUUAAUGUAUUUUUACCUACUGACUUUUUUUUUCAAAAACAUUCCGUUUGUUGUAACUUUUGAUACACAUACAGGGUUUUUGUAUAUAAGCGCAAAAUAUUUUAGGAGGUAGUUGUUGAAGUUAUUGAGUUCAUAUAAACGUGGGUCAAAAUAUGCUUCGUUUCCAAGAUACAGUGUUUAAAUUUUAAUUUUUUAUUUAUUUUUAUUAAUUAU